AUGUCCUCGCCUCCAUCCAACCCAACAUACGCCGCCUACCUAAUCGCCGAAACCUCACUCGGCCCCCAAGAUCACCACUACAUCUUCCUCGAAACGGCCGAAGAAGGACCCCUAACAGGGCACCGCUUCCACGUGAUCGGCAACAUCCAAGAGGGCAUGACAUUCAACCACCGGUUCUGCAUCAAGCCCGAGGACGAGCCGGUGUUCCUAUCCAAGACGCGCAUCGGGAGUGUCAGUGUUCAGGACUACGAGGCUGGAAGGGUCCUGAGUAUCUGUGAAGAGAUCGAGGUGCCGAAGAAGCAGUUCCAGGGGGCAAAGAGAUUGUUUCCGAAGGAGAAGCUUAGACGGUGCCAGGAGUGGGCGGCGGAUGCGGUGGCUUUGUUGCGGGAGAGGGGUGUUUUGAAGGAAGCUGGGGACGGGAUGAACAAUGAUGAGAUCUUUUGA